AAAAAUGGCAAAAACUCUCUGGCCAUUAACGAUCAGUGAUCUCUUCUCAACAAAAAUGGUUGUAAUUAGGGAGGUAGCAUAACAGUGAUGUUGUGCAACUUCAUCAAUUCUCUUCCGUCAAGCUCGCAAUCUCCGACCUGGCGGAAUUUACGCCGUCGAAUUAGCUUCAUUGCUGCUAAUAUCACUUCUCCUCUACCGUCUCCGCCGCCGCUCGCAAAGCUUCCUCGCCUCUCUCUCCUUGCUGACCAGUGUACAUCUAUGCACCAACUAAAGGAAAUCCACGCCCAAAUGAUUAUCACUGGCCGUAUUCAUGACAACUAUGCCGCCAGCCGUUUAUUUUCCUUUGCGGCUCUCUCUCACGCCGGCGACUUGACUUACGCGUUGGAAAUUUUCCGAAGCAUUCAGGAGCCCAACUCAUUCAUGUGGAACACCCUCAUUAGAGCCCAAGCGAGUAGCUCAGAACCACAUGAAGCCUUGUCUCUCUACGUAUUGAUGCGCAGGCUUGGCGUUACCCCAGGUAAACAUACCUUCCCUUUUUUACUCAAAGCUUGCUCCAGCAUGAAGGAUUUAUGCGCCACUCAACAGGUUCACAUCCAUGUGAUCAAGUUCGGGUUGCAUUUAGAUUUGCAUGCUGUUAAUGGAUUGAUCCGUGCUUACUCUGUGUCUGCUGCUUUGAGCCAUGCCCGCAAGCUGUUUGAUGAGUUUCCUGAAAAACAAACAACAAUAUGGACAACGCUGAUAUGUGGGUAUGCUCAAAAUGAUGACAGUUCUGGGGAAGCAGUUAAGUUGUUUGAACUAAUGAUUUCUACGGGGGUGGAACCCAUUGCGGCCACUCUCGCAUCUGUGCUAUCUGCUUGUGCACAGACCGGUUGUUUGGAAAUGGGGAAAGAAAUUCAUGUAUACAUGGUGGAGAAAGGGAUAAGAGUGGGAGUGAUCCUAGGUACAGCACUGGUAAAUAUGUAUGCAAAGAAUGGGGCAAUAGUCCAAGCAACUAAGUGUUUCUUUAGUAUGACAGAAAAGAACAUUGCAACUUGGAAUGCAAUAAUAAGUGGGUUGGGAGCUCAUGGAUAUGUCAAAGAAGCAAUUAACUUGUUUGAGAAUUUACUAGUGGAAGAAAAUUUGAAGCCAAAUGAUAUAACAUUAGUAGGGGUAUUAUCUGCCUGCUGCCAUGCAGGAUUGUUGGGUUAUGGUCGUCGAGUUUUCAACUCCAUGAAAGAACUGCAUGGAAUAGAGCCCAAGCUAGAACACUACAGCUGCAUGGUUGACCUUCUUGGCCGAUGUGGAAAGCUGAUAGAAGCCGAACAGUUGAUUAGAGGAAUGGUUUGGAAGGCUGAUGUGGUUAUUUGGGGGUCCCUGUUGAGAUCCUGUCAAUGCCAUGGGAAUAUAGAAAUUGCAGAACGAGUGGUGAAGGAGAUUCUGCUCUUGGAUCCCAACAAUCAUGGCGUUUAUGUUGGUUUAUCCAAUAUGUAUGCAGAGUCUGGACGAUGGGAAGAUGUUUUAUGGACAAGGAAGGAAAUGAAACAUGUUAGUCUGAAGAAAACUUCUGGAUGGAGCUAUGUUAAUAAGUAAAGCUACGUUAUCUGAACCAAUUUAGGGAAUCUGCACUCUUAGCGUGGGACUAUCCAGUAUCUUCAGAUAUAAACUCAUGACAAGUCAUCAGAUGUUAAUAUUUUAUUUUGCUUUGAAAAGUCAUGACAAGUCAUCAGUGGUUUGCUUUGAAAAAACUCACAAUCUUCCAUCCAACAAAACCAAUUGUGAGAUCUUCUUGGCAACAUUAGUAGGUCAUUUGACGCCUUCAGCAGCACUAGAGAAGCUUCAUCCAUUCUGUCGGGCUUACUCAAUGAUUUUUGCCUGAGUCCCGACUAUAUCAGGACAUUGAAGGUGAUGAAGCACUUGAGUUACAACCAAUGCAAGAAGGGAGAAUCUCUUCUUAACGAUAUGCUUUAAAACAGAAAAAUGUCAGAACGAUCUGGAUCUUGUAUUUCUGGGAUAAAGAAUGGUGUUGGAGCUCUUGGAAGGUACAAAUUUGUCAAUGUCAGAGUGUGAUGAUACAAGGGUGGAGACAGGGGAGGCUGGCGGGGUCUCGAUCUUCCAAGAAAAAUUUGUGAUGUAUAUACAAACGGAUAAAUAUUUGUAAGCAGUAAAAUAUAUAUUGAAAUUUUAAGCUUUGCACCCCCAAUAUAAAUUUCUUAUGCCCUGCUCCCCUUAACCCGCCAUUUCUGUCACCGCGAUUGCUUGCCAUUGAUAUUAAGGUACAUUUACUCUAUUGAAGAUGUGACAGUGAUGUUUUUGUUGAUGUUUUUUAUUAUCAAAAUUGUGAUGUAUUCUUUCUUUCUUUUCAUAGGUAUGAUUUCAGUAUGCAAGUAUUUCUGGGUUUAUCUAUAUAUGGAAUACAAUUGUUGGAAUUAAACAUAGAGAUUUCAAAUUGAGUUUCUACAUCUGUGGGUUUAUGUGUUUGAAUGCAACAAUAAGAGCAUGUGUUGGUUGUAAAUUAUAAUUAAUGCCAAUUUGUCAAAUACGUACACUUUUUUUGUACAUAUAUGAUUUGUAGGCGACAUUGUGCACGUCCAACCACUUGAAAGUCACAACUGAUCAUAUAUUGUAUACC